AUGGCCGGCUCAAAGACUCACUUGGUUUUGGAGAACUAUAUAGGAGGCCAAUUUAUUCCUUGCUCCUCAUAUUUAGAUUCCUAUGACCCGUCUACAGGAGAAGUUUAUUGCAAGGUGCCAGACAGUGGCAGAGAGGAGGUGAGUUCCUGCAUAGAUUCAACUCCUUGUCAUGAUAUCAGGGUAAUUGCCUGGACAAUUAACAAAAAUGGUUUGCAGCUGAUAUUAUUUAAGUUUUCUCCAGUAUAAAACUAAUAGUGAAAUUGCCUUAUGUUUUGUAUUAUGCUGCUAAAUAUUUGCAUAGAACGUCUGUGUGGCAUUGGUUAAUGGCAUUGGUUUGAAGCUUUAAAAUCUUUGAAUCAAAACUUUCCACUAGUUGAAGCCCUCGAUGUUCCUACCCAAGUUUAAUGUACUUUCCCUUGAAGUUUUUGAGAAGGCAAUUAAUUGCUUGUUACAUGACUGUGUUCAUGGCCUCUUACACCUAAUGCAUUAUUCCUUAAGGCUUUGAAAAGAACUGAGUUAAAUCAAAAUAUCUAUUUGUAAUGACUGAAGUUGCAAAAAAACAAACCGACAUAUAUGUUUUUGCAGUUUCACGUCAACCUUCAGCAUUGCCAGUCUAUCAAAUAUUUGCUAAGUACUGAUAAGUAAUGGUUGAAGUGUAACUAGCUGGGUUUGCUAAAGUUUAAACUUGCUGCCUGAAGCUUUGUGCUUUCCUAGUUUGCUUCUGUAUGUAAACAGAAGGGGUGAUUUUAUAUUUCAUCAAGUAUGUUUAGAGAAGAACUUCAAGUAGCCACUUGCAUUGACCUGUGAUCCAGCCUUCCCCAAGGCUGUGUCCUCCAUUUGUAUGUGCACUUACAUAGAUGGAGAUAGAGAUGGAGUGUUUGUGUACUCCUUAGGGGAAAAAAACUUGCAGUGGGCUCCAUUUUUAUUUCAAGGCUUGGUAACUGCUGUGGAACACUCUCGUAAUCCUUGCUGUAACAUCUAAGAGCAUUCCUCAUGCGGAUCAGGGCCCCCACUUUCUGCAUUUCCCUGCCAGCGACAGUCAGUGAUGAGACUGGGAAAAUGCACAAUCUGCUGGCUUCUGUCUGUGUGAUGACUGGUCCUAAACCAAGGGUGGGGAUCCUAUGGUUCCCCAGAUGAUGAUAGACUCCAACUCCUAUGAACUGUAACCAUUGGCCAGACUGGACUGAGACUUCAUGGUAACUGGUGUUCAACAACAUCUGGAAGAUAACAUUUCCUCACCCAAACAUCAUGAUAGGGUUGGUGAGAGUUUGACAACAGCUUUUGGCAAAUGUGUAAACUUGACUUUUAGAUGACUGUUCAGACCGGCCUGCUGCUUUUUCAGUGCUUGUGUUCUUCUUCCACUCCACUGGGUCAUCAGUGCUCCUCAUAUUCAUUGAGGCCAGAUGGGUUUCUGUUGUUCCUGGUUGCUGCUUAGCACAGGAGUUGCUAAUCUUUUGGGGCCCAUAAGCACAUUUGCGAACUGGAGAAACAGCUACUGUAGUUUCUUGCUAUUACCCUUAAAACGAAAGCUUAACAGUGCCACCUAAUGUAAUAAAUUGGAAGAUGACAUACAGACGGAAGAGUAUUUUGUUCCUAGACAGGGCUAACACAUCCUUCUCCAACUUUGGGUCCCCAGUUUACAAGUCCCAUCAUUCCUAGCCAGCAUGGCCAGUGUCUGAGGAUGGUGCAAGUUAUAGACCCAACAACAUUUGUAGAUCUAACAUUGGGCAAGUCAAGCGAUAGUCUUGGCAAUAGCUUAACUUCUGCUUCUAAAGAAGAGGUGCCUGUAUCACAGCUGCCCAGAAGAUAAGUCUAAUAGUAGUAGCAGUAGUAUGCUGCCCAUCUGACUGGGUUGCCCUAGCCACUCUGUGUGGCUCUCAUCAAACAUAGAGCACAAUACAGCAUCACACACUAAAAGCUUCCCUCAACAGUUGUGAUAACUGCUGAUUCUGAACACUACUCUCAUACAUGGCUGGUGGCUGUGGUUGAUCUAGGUAGCUAAGAAGCAAUUUAUAUAUGCUACCAGAGUAGGGGUGCAAUAUCUGUGGUCCUCCUGAUGUUGUUGGACUCCAACUCCCAUCGUCCAUGGCCAUUGGCCAUGCUAGUUGGGACUGAAAAAAAUCGAAACUCAACAACAUCUGAAGGGCCACUCAUUCCACAUCCCUGCUCUAGAGCCUAUUUUUAAUACUUAUUAAUUUCCCCCGUGUAUUUCUGCUAUGGUUUUCUACUUGGAAUGGUGCCCUGGCUUGAAGUGAGUCAUGGAAAGGGUGAUACAAUAAAUACAUCGGAAGCUGCCUUAUGCAGAUUCAAAUUAUUGAUCUUCUUAGCUCAAUAUUGUCUAUACUGACUGUCUGGGUUCCAGACUGGAGUCCAUCCUAGCCCUACCUGGAGAUGCCAAGGAGUGAACUUGGUGCUUUGCCAUGAAGCAACGGCCUUUCCCCCCUUUUCCUCAUAAUUUCUGUUAACAUACACUGUGCAUUUUGGUUUUGCUGAACACCACCCAAACUGCAUUCAUUCAUCUUUUUAAGGUGGAGGCGGCUGUCAUUGCUGCCCAAAAUGCUUUCCCAGGCUGGUCGGCCAAAAGCCCCCAGGAAAGGUCAAAAAUAAUGAGCAAGUUGGCAGACCUUAUUGAAGAAGAUCUGGAGUCAUUUGCUCAAGCAGAAUCAAAGGAUCAAGGUAAAGACAGAAGCCUGUUUGGGCUGCGCUUCCAAGUGGUAAUAGGGUGAAGGAAAUGGUGUUCUCUUUGAGUUUUCACCUUCCUACUUGCUCUUCGUUUUGCAUAAUCAAUACAUAAUACUUGCACGCCUCAUCAAGUACAACUGCGUGCUUCCCUGCACAUUUCUGUAAACUGCAUGUAAGUUGUAGUGGUUGCAGUGGGGUGGGGGCACUAGCUAUGAAAGCUGGGCAAUUAAUUCCUUGCUUAAAUAACAAAAGCUCCGUGGUAUUUGUCAACUGGUUCUCUGUUUCAGGGAAAACCAUUACGUUUGCUAGAAUGGUGGACAUCCCCCGAUCUGUAUACAAUUUCCGUUUCUUUUCGACGUCCAUCCUUCACCAGACAGCAGAAUGUACACAGAUGGACCAUGUGGGCUGUAUGCAUUAUACUGAGAGAACACCUGUGGGAAUUGGUAAGGCCUAUUAUGGAGUGUGCUGUUUGCACACGACCCAGCUGUGCUCAGCUGUGACCCUGAAACCUUUGUUAGGAUCUGUUGCGGCCUGAGCCCAUUCCAGAAUUUACCACCUCAAAGGUUAACGAGGACAACACGAGGAAGGGCCAUAGCUCAAUGGUCUGAAUAAAGUAUUUCAGAUAAUUUAACAAAAUAAAUCACAUUCCAAUCUACAUCAAGCCAUGCCCCAGAAUAUGUCUACAAUUUCCAUCCCUUGUUUCUUUGUUUUUACAGUUUUGCACACCAUAGAUUUUACAACAAAACACAACAUCCCAUAACCUUCAAUGGAGUAUGAAGCUUUUGUAAAUGGGAAGAGCAGAUAAAUUUCACAUUUUAAAUACAAGCUUUUAAUCCCACAUUCUGAUAAAACGUAAUGUGCUUUCUGUUUAUGGAAUUCCACAGAUAUGCCACUAGGUGUCACAAUUUUACUUCAGAAUUUUAAAAUAUUAUUGCUGCCGCUGCUACUACUACUACGCCUCAACAAGGUGUUCUCAGCAUUAUACCUCAACAUCCUGGUGCAUUGGACAGCUGCUUCCUAUGCAAGCCUUGUGGACUCCAGUAUACUCAAAAUAUUAACUUUUGCUGGAUCAAUCUCAAUUUCAAAUCUAAGGAAACAUUCUGUGUAAUUAAGCAUUUACAAGCAACAAUGAAAGGUUUAGCUUUCUGUAAGGACCCAGUGAUUCCCUCCAACAGUUUAGGAAGUGCCGAAGCACACAAAGCAAGUAUGCCAUAAAUAGACACCAGCAAAUGUUUCAAUCGCAGCUAUUGCCACUCUGCACUAGUCAGUAAUUGAUAUUUAAGUUGUAAAACAGGAAAUAACAAAGAUUCUUUAUCUGAGCCUCUCAGCCAGUCUAAUAUAUACCUUAUAUAUCCCACAUUCAUUCAAUUCCUUCCACACAAAAUGUGUGUAUUAAUGCUGAAUUAUUUUAAUAAUAAAAAACCUUUCAAAAAAAAAAUUCCUUCCACACAAAAAAGUCUGCCUCUCAAUCUUCAAAUCUGGACUGCCCUAUAAAGUUUGUUUAGUGUGAGCAUAUGGGUCAAAUUUUAACUGGCAGCAUAUGCCGCCUCUCUCUUGUUGCUAAAAUGGUCUGGUCUUGAAAUUCAUAAUGCUUCUUGCUUAUCUUGGAUGGAGGACAGAGAGGGGUGUAGCCUACUGCACGAAGGCAAGAGUCACACUGCUUUGCCGAGGUAGGAUGGCUCAGUCAGUAGAGCAUGGGACUCUUAAUCUCGGGAUCAUGGGUUUCAGCCGCAUCUUGGGCAAAAUAUUCCUGCAUUGCAGGGGACUGGACUAGAUGACUCUCGUGGUCCAUUCCAGCUCUACAAUUCUAUGAUUCUAAACACACUUUUCCCUCUGGCCCCACCCACCACAGGCAUGUGUCCUCUGGAUAGUUGCACAGAAGGAAAUAUGAUCCUCUGGCUGAAAAAUUUUGCCCUCGCCCUACACAGAUGAAUAUUUCCUCUGUAGGCUAGCAGCCGGAAUGAGUCCUUGAGGGUAGAGUAGAAGGAAAAACAGUUGAAGCUCAUGCAGUGUUGCCAUGCUGGGUAUUGGGGAAUCUCAACUUUUGUCAAAAUGUCAAGACUCCCAUUUUAAACCAAUUUGUUUCAUUUCUCUCCUUAAAAAAUGACAAUAAAAAUAAAGCUGGCUUAAUUAGUCCUUGGAAUUUGCCACUUUACUUGCUGACCUGGAAAAUUGCGCCGGCUAUUGCGUAUGGAAACACUGUCAUUGCCAAACCCAGUGAGAUGACAUCUGCUACUGCUUGGAUGAUGUGCAAGCUUCUCAAUAAAGCAGGUAAUUCCCCAAAUGAUGUAUUAGUAUAGGGGUGUCAUAUUUUCUGUAAAUCAAUCUGCAUAGUGUCAAUACAGUGGUUCCCCGGGUUACAGAUGCUUCAGGUUACAGACACUUCAGGUUACAGAUUCCGCUAACCCAGAAAUAGUACCUCUGGUUAAGAGCUUUGCUUCAGGAUGAGAACAGAAAUUGUGUGGCGGCGGCGGAGCAACAGUGGGAGGCCCCAUUAGCUAAAGUGGUACCUCAGGUUAAGAUCUGUUUCAGGUUAAAAACGGACCUCCAGAACGAAUUAAGUUCUUAACCUGAGGUACCACUGUAUAGUAACAAAACAGUUGACACAUUUGCAUCCCAAUGUGUAUACCUGUAUAUUGCUAUAGGAUGCAGGGUAGUCUUUAAAGCAGCAUGCUACCACGUUUACAAAGAGAAAGAGUGUUGAUGUUUUCUUUAUUUCUACCUGCAAGGUAUUCCUCCAGGUGUGGUGAACAUCAUAUUUGGGAGUGGUCCGAAAGCUGGAGAUGCUCUAGUUUCCCAUCCCAAGGUGUCAUUAAUUUCCUUCACGGGAAGCACUCUCACUGGCCAGCGCAUCAUUGAAAGGAGUGCUCCGUAUUGUAAGAAGCUCUCUCUGGAGCUUGGAGGAAAAAAUCCGGCUAUCAUCUUUGAGGAUGCCAACUUAGAUGAAUGUGUUCCUACUUCUGUAAGAUCCAGCUUUGCGAAUCAGGUAUGGAAAGUGGGCAACUCCCUGUCUCUUGAUACUAAGUUCAUUGCUUUGCUUUUGAAACUCCAAAAAUGUGCAUGCCCUCCCUAACAGAAUGUUAUCCUGAGGGGGUAAUUUUGAAUGCGGGAACUGAUUUCUACAAGGCUAUCCCACAAGGGACAAACUGAGUGUAUACCAAGACAUAAAUAUCAAGUGAUAGGAAUGAAUAAGCAAAUGCUAAUCCUCUUGAUUUAUUAUUGGCUGGUGCUUUUUCAGCUUCCUCAGAGCAUGUUCAGAGAAAAUUUGAGUUCUGUUUGAGAAUUCCCUCCUAGUCCGUAGAUGUGUUGAUGCAAGUGCACAGAUGGUGUUUCUGACACCCCGUGAGUGUUGGUAUUAUCUGGUGCCAUGCGUAUAAUUCCACUUGCACAUUGGGAACUGUUGUCUAGUUGCCAUACCAAGCAAAUGCAUCUGAGAUACUUGAGAAUCUGAGGAACAUAUUGACAACAGCAAGAAGACGCCCACACCCUGAUAGUCCUGUGGCAGAAGGUCACUUGGAGAAAUCCCCCUACAGUAGAAGAGUGCUUGGGUAUGAUAGAUGGCAAUGAAACAUGCAUUAAUUGCCACCUACACCCCCCUAAACCCCACCAUGUGUAGUGCUGUAGUACCACUUGGAAUCACAUAUACAUGUAAGAGAGUACUUGGUAGAAUUAGCAGUGGGAGGCAAUGAAAAAUUCAUUCAGCUACAAUCAAAAGGCUUGAGAUGCCUCAGCAGAGAAUAUAUGGUCACCAAGGAAGAAUUGCUUGGUUGAUUUGAUUAUUUGGUUGGGUAGUCAAUUUGCUGUUGAAUGGGAUGCUUGGAGGAGGUGCAACGAGGGUCCCUUGGCUGCACACAAAGUUCUGUAGAGCCUAUAUGCCAUUGCAGUGCAAGUGGAACCCACACUUAAAUUCCACAUUUAGAAACUUGCCUAGGUAAAUAUUAUUGCAAUUGUUGCUAGAGGUUUUGAUUAACUGUUUUUAUGCCAUAGAUCUGUGCACGCGCGCACACACACACACACACACAUUUAAAAAGCUGGGUUGUGGAAUAUGAUAGAUAAGUGUUUUCCCCCCCUCCUCACAUGCAGCACAAAUUAUGUGUUGAUUUCACACAGCCCAUCAGAGUUUUAACAAAAUCUUCAAUAAAUGGUAAGGAAUUUGCAGUGAUCGCCUCACAUGCACUGUUUGCUUUAGCUCCCUCGUCUGCUGAAUGUUGGCUGUCCAGGUGCAGAAGCUUGUUAGUCAUUAAGAUCCAGAGGGAUGGCAUUUGUUAAUUGAGCAUCACAAAUUGAUCAGAUCUGUUUUCCAAGUUGACUAAUUGCAAACUUCAGUGGCGUCGCUGUUCAGUAAUUAUUCUUCCGGAAGCACAGUGUGACAUCAAUCAGAUGACAGGCUUGUGUGGGUAAUUUGCUCCAAAUUUCCACGCAGAAAUGGUUAACACUUUUAAACAUUCAGUUAUUGUUUUGGAAGCUGCAGCCUUUGUCAUCUCAUUUGCCCCAUCCAGCGCUGUGGCCAUAUAGGCUGCAUUCCCACUGUGGAAGGACGUGUGGAUCCAGAAUUGUUAAGACUGUGUUCAUGGAAGACUGUCUUACCUGGCCACGAGUGAUCACCAAAGAUCUAUUUGAAAAGGCUGUCCUCAGCUGAUUCAAACAUGAAACAUCUGUUACUUGAUAUUCCUUCACUCAGUGGUGUCAGUCAAAUGUCUGACGGCCUUUUCACACAUGAGCUGGACAUCACUGCUGUUGUGAACAGGCACGUGUGGUGGUGAUGGGAUGAAUAAUAUUUGCAAUGGGAAAUAGAGAGGGUGAGGACCAGGACAUCCCAGGGAGGGAUUUUCCAGCAGAGAAUCUGUGUGGGAGAGAGCACCCAUCAAUUCAUCCCUGCAAAUUCCUCCAAAAGAUUACUGCCCCUGCCCCCAAUCUGGGUCUGAAAUUAGAAGUGAAUUUGAUUGUAGGGGAAAAAGUGUGUGUGUGUGUGUGUGUGUGUGUAGAUUGACAGGAGAUAAUCAGUAGCUACAAGAGGAGUUAAAUAUCCCUUCUCAUACCUAAUUAUUGUCCCUGUAAGUGACCUUCCACCCUGUUAUCUGGGCAAACAUGGAGUUAGGAGCUCACAUCUGUUAAGAUAGCUAAUGUCUAUGUGGUACUAGGGGCAAACAAUAUAACCACAUGCUGAUAUUUGCACUUGAUGGAGUAAUUCCAGGGCCUCAGGUAGCAUGUGCUGGGGAAUGGGGCAGUAAGUAACCACACCUACUUUGGUGAACAGCUAGGAUCUAGAAUCAAUAUAUAUUGAAAGCAGAAGACAAGUAUAAAUGAAUCUGGAUUAAGACAAAUCACAUUUUUCAUCCCUGACCGAUAUUUUUUCUUCCCUCCUGCCUCUCCAUCCUAUUACUAGGGUGAAAUAUGUCUCUGCACCAGCAGAAUCUUUGUUCAGAGAAACAUUUACAAUGAAUUCUUGAGAAGGUUUGUGGAAGCUGUCAAAAAGUGGAAAGUUGGAAACCCCUCAGAUCCCACAAUUGACCAGGGAGCACUGAUAAGUAAAGAACAUUUAGCAAAGGUAAAGAAAAACAAAAACCAAGGUUGAUUAUUUGUGAUCAAAUAAAGUGCUGUUUUUCUUUCUGGCUUGAAAAUAAAGGACCUCAGGACAUGAAGAGAGUGAUUUUUUCUCACAUCACUGUAAAUUCACAGUCAUUUUGGGAUAGGGAACAGGGCAGACCUUUUAGCUGAUUUUGAGGCCCAGUAUACCUUUCAAAAUUUAAGCACUGCAGUUGUUAGAAUUGCAUGUAAAUUCACUCCAGGUGACAAGGAAUUAAAAAUGUUGCUUCCUCUUGCAAGCUUGUUUUCCAAAUAUGUUGACAGCAGGAUUGAAAAUAAUAUUUCCGAUUUCCAAGAGCCAAUAUCAACUUUUAAUGCUCCAAGGGUUUCCCCAGCAUUGAUUACUAUCAACAUUAUUAGUUAAGUACCUGAAAUCCCUAACGCUACAGCUCUCUUCAGGUGUUACCAAACAACAUCCACAAACAGAUGCAGUGCAAAUGAGUGCACUAGCUCCAUGCCCUUCUAACACAUGGAAGGUGACACUCUGAAGAAGAGAGCCUUUUGUGUCUGUGGGGGCCCCUUGCAUAACUGGGAUUCUGAGGCAAGAGCUUCAGGUUUUGGACUAUCACCUUCCACAACUUUAGUAGGUGAUAGAAGGAGGUGGAGCUAGGAAGCUUCUCCCAAAGCUGUACUGCCCCCCCCAUGUGCUUGCUGUUGACAUUUAGCAAUGCCUGUGAAGUACAAAUCACUUGGAAAAAGUCCCAUACAGUGGUACCUCGGGUUAAUUCGUUCCGGAGGUCCGUUCUUAAUCUGAAACGGUUCUUAACCUGAAGCACCACUUUAGCUAAUGGGGCCUCCCACUGCCGCCGCAAAAUUUCUGUUCUCAACUUGAAUCAAAGUUCUUAACCCGAGGUACUAUUUCUGGGUUAGUGGAGUCUGUAACCUGAAGCAUAUGUAACCCGAGGUACCACUGUAUUUGGAUUAGACUGGAUUACUGCAAUGCACCCUAUGUGGGGCUUCCCUUGGGCCUGGUCCAGAAGCUCUACCUAGUGCAGAACACAGUGACUAGGGUGCUGGUGGGGGCAGCUGACCAGCAGCGUGCGACACAUCGGCUAAAGCACCUGCUCUGGUUUCCCAUAUCCUGCUGAGCCAGGUUCAAGGGCCUUGUGUUUCCCUGGACAGUCCAGGCUGUCUUAAGCACUGCUUGAGCCCUUAUACCCCGGCCAAUCACUGGAGUCUGGAGGUGCACUGUUAGUUGUCCCCCUGACUGGCCUCCAGAUGUCAGGGGCAUUUAGUGUCAGUGGUCCCAUGCUGUGGAACCAUCUUCCAGCAGAGAUUUGGCAGGCAUCUUCACUUUUGACUUUCAGGAGCCUCCUGAAGACCUUUUUUUUUUUUUUUACACCGAAAGGCCUUCAGAGCUGUUGAAACCUUUCACAACUACUACAUUAUGCUUUUAAGGUUUUCUAAAAGCAUUUCUUUUGUGUGCACUGCCCUGAUAUUUUAUGCUUCAGAAAUACUUUUAUACCUAUAAAUAAAUAAAAUAUUUCUGCAGCCAGUCUGUGGAUAAUUAGAAAUUGCAACCCUUCCAAAAAAUGAUUUGUUGCUUUUGCUCCUAAUAGGUAAAGAACUACAUCAAAAAAGCAGAGUCUGAAGGGGGUAAAAUUCUCUGUGGAGAGGGGAUCGAUACUUUGACUCUUCCAACAAGAAACCGGAAUGGGUAUUUCAUGCUUCCGACGGUCAUUACUGAAAUUGCCGAUGACUCAAGUUGCAUGCAGGAUGAGAUCUUUGGCCCUGUAACCUGCGUCACAGUGUUUGACACGGAAGAGGAAGUGAUCAGGAGAGCGAAUGGGGUCAAAUACGGACUGGCAGCCACUGUCUGGUCAAGGGAUGUGGGGCGGGUUCAUCGCGUUGCUAAGAAACUCCAGUGUGGAUUGGUGUGGACCAACUGUUGGCUUAUCAGGGACUUGAAUUUGCCCUUUGGCGGCAUGAAAGCCUCAGGAGUAGGCAGAGAAGGAGCAAAGGAUUCCUAUGAGUUUUUCACUGAGGUGAAAACGAUUACUAUAAAACACACUGAGAUGCACUGA